AUGGACAUCUUCAAGAAGUUGCAAGUGAACAUUCCUUUCGCAGAAGCCCUGGAAAGCAUGCCGAAUUAUGCAAAAUUCAUGAAAGACCUUCUGUCAAAGAAGCGCAAGUUGAAGGAGUAUGAAACAGUGGCCCUGACGGAGGAAUGUAGUGCCAUCAUCCAGAAGAAACUUCCUCCCAAGCUGAAAGAUCCGGGCAGCUUUAGUAUUCCUAUAGCCAUAGGAAAUAUUGAAGUAGGAAAUACAUUAUGUAAUCUGGGAGCAAAUUUUGUAAUUCUAAAUAUGGAAGAAGAUGCUGAGAUCCCCAUACUUCUUGGGAGGCUAUUCCUAGCCACCGCAAGAGCAAUGAUCGAUGUGGAGCAAGGGAAACUGAUGCUAAGGAUGAACGAAGAGACAGUCACCAUGGAUGUCUUCGAGUCAAUGAAACAUCCAACUGAUGGAGGAGACUGUUUCAUGGUUGAUAUAAUUCAAGAAGCAGUUGAUGACACCAUGAAAGAGGAUAGUUCCCCACUCGAGUUAGAGCAAAUCAACGAAGAAGCAGAACUUGCUGAUAAAGGAAAAGAACCAGUGUUUACUCGCAUUUUUAGAAAUGAGUUGCUGUGA